AUGACUUUGUAUUUUGCACUUCAAUUGUAUUUAUUUGAAGUGUGGAAAGACACUCGACUUAAUACAUCUCAAUUGGACGACAACUCAUUAUCGGUUCCCGAAGAAUAUUCCUCGUGUUUUUGGACGCCUUCUCUAGUAUUCGACGGAAGCACUCAAAAGGAAGCAAUACUUCCCCCAAAUUCUGUCAUCAAAAUACUUAAAAACAAUAUUUUAAUCAGAAAAUCAAGUUGUCAUAUGAAUUUGCAAACAUAUCCAAUGGAUAGGCAUAUCUGUCACUACAUCUCCGAACCCAUUGAAAAAGUGAGCCUUCAUUGGAUUGAAGACAAGUCGAGUCCUAUAGACUAUUUGCUGGAUUCGGAGCAAAACAAAAGU